GUGCCAGGAGGCCCUAGCAACGCUCGGUGGCUUUUGAUCGUGGUGUCGACCUGUGGGGCCGGCUGGCCGUGGAGGAGCCGCCCGUGCCCCGGGCACUCGGGAUGGACACCCCUGCGGCUGAAGAAGCCACGGAGAAGCCGAAGGAGGUACCGGAGCCGGAACCCGAGAGCCGGGAGCAGAAGGCGCUGCACGGCCUGAAGGAAGCCCUGGCCAACCUCCGAGGCCUGAGCGAGGAGGAGAAGGGUGAGAAGGCCAUGCUGUGCUCGCGCAUCCACGAGCAGUCGCAGCUCAUCUGCAUCCUGAAGCGGCGGGCCGACGAGGCCCUGGAGCGCUGCCAGGCCCUGGAGCUGCUCAACUCGGAGCUGGAGGAGAGGCGGACGCGCGACGCCGCGAGCCUGCGCAGGCAGAGCGAGCACGGCCGGAGGCUGGAGGAGCGCUUCCGCACCCUGGCGCGCAACCACGAGGCCAUGAUCCGCUUCAAGGACGAGCACAAGAGCCAGAACGUGCAGCUGCGGGAGGAGAACGAGAAGCUGAGGCGGGAGAACGAGACGCUCUUCAGCCAGGCACUGCGGGAGCAGGAGGCCCGGGUGGCGCAGCUCACGGCGCACAGCGAGGCCCUCGGCCGCCAGCUGCGGGCGCUGCAGGAGGAGCGCGUGCAGGACGCGCGCGCCGCGCAGAGCCGCGAGCAGGAGCUCCGGGCGCUGCAGAGCCGCGACACGGAGCAGCUCCGCGGCCAGCUGCAGAGCCUGCAGCUGCAGCACCAGCAGGCCGUGGAGCAGAUGGCCGAGGCGCAGCAGGCUCACCACAGCCAGAGCCAGCAGCUGCAGGCCCGGCUGCAGAGCGCCACGCGCGAGAAGGAGGAGCUGCUGGCGCUGUGCGCGGAGAGGGGCCAGGCGCUGCAGAGCCAGCAGGCCGAGACCCGCCUGCUGCAGGACCAGCUGCAGGCGGCCGACGAGGCCCGGGGGCGGGCGCUCAAGCGCUUCGAGGUCGAAGCCGCCAAGGUGGACGGCAGCUUGCGGGUGCAGGAGCUGCAGCGCAAGGUCGACAUGCUGCAGAAGGCCUACGACGAGCUCAGGCUGCAGUCUGAAGCCUUCCGGAAGCACAGUCUGGAUCUUUUGAGCAAGGAGCGAGAGCUUAAUGCCAAACUCCGCCAUCUCUUCCCCUAAGGAGGGGUCUCCAGGCCUCCAGUUCUUAAAACCCCUAUCUGUCUCUCAGCAUGGAGAGGAGAGGCGGCAUUCCAUUUAGUACGCUUCGAAGCAAAAUGUGGCUAGAAAAACUACAGCACAAAGCUUUUAUAACAUUGAUGUAACAUCAAUGUUAUAAAGGGUAUUUUUAUUCCUACCACCUAGAAUACAUCACCCAGAUUUCUUUGUUGAGCCUUGAAAUCUCCAUCAAUUGGAUAUCAGUAAAGUUCCUCCAGUCUUCCAUAACAUUAUUCUUUCUCAACUUCCAAUAUCUUCAUAUAGCCUAAAUUUUUUUUUAAAUUAGAAGCUCCUAUGAUUUAAGAGAAUCUUCAAAGUACUAUUUAAUGUUGUGAAAAAUUAGGAUAAUAAGUAUCUUGUAGCUAGAUGAGAUUUUAAGUUGUUAGUCAUGGAUACCCUUGCUAGCAAGGAUAACUUGCAGGAAAAAAAUGAUUUCGCAACUGGCCAAGAAACUGUUUCACCUGUUUUGUCACAGUUUCUUUUUAUUUUGUUUCAUUUUAUUUAUACUGGCUUAGAAAACAAAGAUCUAGGAAUUCUUUACCAAAGUAAACAUUUCUUAUGAGCAAUAAGAUUGAAAUAAGUGAAAUCAACCAGCUUUUAUUUUUCUCGAACUAUAGAUCACAUUUGAUUUUCUUGGUUUUCUCCUUAAGAACAACACUUAGACAUGCAAAUAUCAGUCAUUUUAGUGACUAUUUCAUAAUUUGCUGAAUGGAGAAAAUGCCCUGAUUCAACAAGUAACCAGUAACAGGGUAACAAAUCAUAGCUAGGUAUGACCCCUAUAGCAAUUCAUAGUAAAUGUUUUUAUUGAUAAUACCUUCUUACAAGUAAUUUUUCCUCUCUGAAAAACUUUGAGAGGAAUGUAUUUUUGUUGGAUUUUGAAUGCCAAGUUAUAUCAUUACAACACUGCAAUAGUUAUCAAAUUGUAUAUUUGCAUAAAGAGACUACU